AUAUGUACAAAUAAAUAAAAUGUAAUGUUUUUUAAUAUUUGACUUCUAUUUCGGUUAUAUCGCAAUUGUGGUAUUCAUUUCACAGUCAAUUUAAUCAGGACAAAUAUACAAAUUGUACAACAAAACAUAAUAACAGAAUACAAAUUGAAAACAGAUUUUGUAAUUAUUGUUGUAAUUGUUGUAUCCUCAUCACCGAGUCAAUAAUUCAAAAUGAUCGGUAAAUAUUAAAAUGAUAUUCUAAUGGUUGAUAACAAUGGAAUAUAUAUUUUCGUCAAUCUAGUGAUUAAGUGAGAAUAAACAUCUUUUGCAGAUUUUCUGGGACCUGUUGCAGUAAAUUGUUAUUUGCAAACUAUUAAAAUAGUCUAUCGUAAGUCACUCCAAGUUGUGUUUGGAUUUUCAUCGGUCUAUAAAUAUUGUGUUUAAGAUGCAAAAAUAUAAUUUAACUAUUGGUGCUUUUUCGGUGCCGCCUGCUCGAGGAUUUUCUGAGAAAGAUGGUCAAAUAAUUCCUAGAUUGGUGUCUCUUAAACGCUUUCAAGCACUGUUUUCUCAUUUUAGUCAGUUAAACGUGAAAUUCAUUUUACCCGAGGAAGGACAAUUGGGAGUGCUAACAGAAACUGGUUAUCAUGAUGGAGUUUUGGGUCUAAUGCAAGAAGGGAAGGCUGAUUUGUGCUUCUUGCCAUUGUCGUUGGAUACGCAAAAGGCUCCUGGUUAUUUUAGUUCUGUCAUAGCAGAAGAAAAAUUCUAUAUAUUUAGUACACGAAACUUGAAUCUUGACAGUUCAGCAGUUGUUUCAAGUCUAACAUCAGUCACUGUGAUUCCUUUAUUAUUGGCUAUUCUGGCUAUAUUGAUAUUGGAAUUGAUUGCAGUUAAACAUUUCAAACUUGAAGCAUUGGUUACAGCAACCUUUCGAUCCUUCGGUAUCUCAUUUUACCAGGAUUUAUCUCAUCGUUCAUCAUGGCUCUGUUUGAUUCAAAUGCUUAUCCUAAUGUUUCCUGUGUUCAUCUUCAAUUCUGCAUUCAGUACUCAAACAAUUGUUGGAACUGCGGAUUACAAGAUUGAUACAUUAAAGGAUGUUAUUGAACAGGGUAGAAUACCAUUUUUCCUUGAAGGUAUUUCAAUGCACGACUUCUUCAAAGCCAAAGUGACCAAAGAUUAUGCCGAUAUUUAUGAACGUAGCGUUUCUGAAGGAUUUGGCGAAGCCUUUCAAUUGGGACCUAUUCCUGUAUUUGAAAAGAGCGAAUUGAUGAUCACUUUCCUAUCUACUGUUGGUAGAAAGGUAGCUCCAUUAAUGAGUUUGGUGUCUGGUUUCGCCAAAAUCAAUCAAGAACAUUACUUCUCAGCAAAGCCUUUCCAUAAAUCUUUGCGAGCUAUACUUUACAGCUACAAUACAUCUGAGCUCAUCAGAAAGAAGUUUGAUACUCAGGACCGUCGGGUAAUUCAAAGUGGAAUCGUCCCAAAACUAGAAGGAAAUAUUUACAUUGAGUUUAUACUUUCUUUUUAUCCAACUACCUUAUUCGAGUUUCACAAAUCUGAAGUUCCUCAAAAAAUCAAUGACCUCACUUGGAAACCAUUGAGUUUUAGUGGAUUCUAUCAGAUAUUCUAUAUUUAUGUCUUAAUAUUGACACUGAUAACACUUGUUGCUCUCAUUGAAAUUACCAUUGGUUUUUGCUUUACUUAAAUUCAGUGAUUAUUAAUAAUAAAU